CCAACCCCCCCGGACAGGACCCCCUUGAGCUCGCCCCUCAGCUGCCACCAUGAGCGACCAAGAUCACUCCAUGGAUGAAGUGACAGCCGUGGUGAAGAUUGAAAAAGGUGUUGGUGGCAGUAAUGGGGGUAACGGUAAUGGUGGUGGUGCGGCCUUUUCUCAGACUCGAAGCAGCAGCACAGGCAGUAGCAGCAGCAGUGGUGGCGGAGGAGGGCAGGAAUCCCAGCCAUCUCCUUUGGCUCUGCUGGCAGCAACCUGCAGCAGAAUUGAGUCACCCAAUGAGAACAGCAACAACUCCCAGGGUCCGAGUCAGUCAGGGGGCACAGGUGAACUUGACCUCACAGCCACACAACUUUCACAGGGUGCCAAUGGCUGGCAGAUCAUCUCUUCCUCCUCUGGGGCUACCCCUACCUCAAAGGAACAGAGUGGCAACAGUACCAAUGGCAGCAAUGGCAGCGAGUCUUCCAAGAAUCGCACAGUCUCUGGUGGGCAGUAUGUUGUGGCUACUACCCCCAACUUACAAAACCAGCAAGUUCUGACAGGUCUACCUGGAGUAAUGCCCAAUAUUCAGUAUCAAGUAAUCCCACAGUUCCAGACUGUUGAUGGGCAGCAGCUGCAGUUUGCUGCCACUGGGGCCCAAGUGCAGCAGGAUGGUUCUGGUCAAAUACAAAUCAUACCAGGUGCAAACCAACAGAUCAUCACAAAUAGAGGAAGUGGGGGCAACAUAAUUGCUGCUAUGCCAAAUCUACUCCAGCAGGCUGUGCCCCUCCAAGGCCUUGCUAAUAAUGUGCUCUCAGGACAGACUCAGUAUGUGACCAAUGUUCCAGUGGCCCUGAAUGGGAACAUCACCUUGUUACCUGUCAACAGCGUUUCUGCAGCUACCUUGACUCCCAGCUCUCAGGCAGUCACCAUCAGCAGUUCUGGAUCCCAGGAGAGCGGCUCACAGCCUGUCACCUCAGGGACUGCCAUCAGUUCUGCCAGCUUGGUGUCAUCACAAGCUAGUUCCAGUUCCUUUUUCACCAAUGCCAAUAGCUACUCAACAACUACUACCACCAGCAACAUGGGAAUUAUGAACUUUACCACCAGCGGAUCAUCAGGGACCAGUUCUCAAGGCCAGACACCCCAAAGGGUUGGUGGGCUACAAGGAUCUGAUUCUCUCAACAUCCAGCAGAAUCAGGCAUCAGGAAGCUCACUUCAAGCAAGUCAGCAAAAAGAGGGAGAACAAAGUCAGCAGACACAGCAACAACAAAUUCUUAUUCAGCCUCAGUUAGUUCAAGGGGGACAAGCUCUUCAGGCCCUCCAAGCAGCACCAUUGUCAGGGCAAACCUUCACAACUCAAGCUAUUUCCCAGGAAACCCUCCAGAACCUCCAGCUUCAGGCUGUUCAGAACUCUGGUCCCAUCAUCAUUCGGACACCAACAGUGGGGCCCAAUGGACAGGUCAGUUGGCAGACCCUUCAGCUGCAGAAUCUUCAAGUUCAGAACCCACAAGCCCAGACAAUCACCUUGGCCCCUAUGCAGGGCGUUUCCUUGGGGCAGACUAGCAGCAGCAAUACCACCCUUACACCCAUUGCCUCAGCUGCCUCCAUUCCUGCUGGCACAGUCACUGUGAAUGCUGCUCAACUUUCCUCCAUGCCAGGCCUCCAGACCAUUAACCUCAGUGCAUUGGGUACUUCAGGGAUCCAGGUGCACCAGCUUCCGGGUCUGCCAUUGGCUAUAGCAAAUGCCCCAGGUGAUCAUGGCUCUCAGCUUGGCCUCCAUGCAUCUGGUGGUGAUGGGAUGCAUGAUGAGACAACAGGUGGAGAAGGAGAGAACAGUCCUGAUCCCCAGCCCCAAGCUGGUCGGAGGACUCGGAGGGAAGCAUGUACAUGCCCCUACUGUAAAGACAGUGAAGGAAGAGGCUCUGGAGAUCCUGGUAAAAAGAAACAGCACAUUUGUCAUAUCCAAGGAUGUGGCAAAGUGUAUGGCAAGACCUCACAUCUCCGGGCACACUUGCGCUGGCAUACAGGAGAGAGACCAUUCAUGUGUAACUGGUCAUACUGUGGGAAACGCUUCACACGUUCAGAUGAGCUUCAGAGACAUAAACGCACACAUACAGGUGAGAAGAAAUUUGCCUGUCCUGAGUGCCCUAAGCGUUUCAUGAGGAGUGAUCACCUGUCAAAGCAUAUCAAGACCCACCAGAACAAAAAGGGAGGCCCAGGGGUCGCCCUGAGUGUGGGCACUUUGCCCCUGGACAGUGGGGCAGGUUCAGAAGGCAGUGGCACUGCCACUCCUUCAGCCCUUAUUACCACCAAUAUGGUAGCCAUGGAGGCCAUCUGUCCCGAGGGUAUUGCCCGUCUUGCCAACAGUGGCAUCAACGUCAUGCAGGUGACAGAGCUACAGUCCAUUAAUAUCAGUGGCAAUGGUUUCUGAGAUUAGACACGUAGGGCCAGAGACAUGGGCCAUUACCCACCAAGCCUGGGAUGCAAGAUAGCAUGGGUCCAAGAGACUUGUGGAAGAGCGAGCCGUGAAGCAUUAAUGUUCUUGGUGGAGGGAAGAAUUGAGGGAGGGUACAGGAGAAGAGAUGGGAUUGUGGCACCCAUCUAUCACUGGUGACUCCUUGAAAAUGGAAAAUAUUAGUGGACGUUGUGUUGGUGCCACCCUUCGAUAAGCAUUUAUUUCAUCCCAGGUUCUUCUUACACUUCUUACCCCAGCCUCCUCUUCCUGCGUUUCCGAACCGCUAAGCUUUCCCAUGAUGGAUCCCACCCCCAAAGCCAUCAUGCCUUGAUAAAUAUGUAUGAUCAUUGAAUACUUUUUAACAAAAACAGAUUCUAUAUUACAUAUAUAUAUAUAUAUAUAUAUAAAUAAAUAUAUAGAGAUGCUUUCACAGGGGUGGCUGGGAGGAGGAAAACG